AUGGGAAAAUUAGCAGGUUCCUCCGUAGCAUCUGGCAUGACCAGCGGCGCAACCCACACGGGGACGAUCUACUCCGGAACAACGCACACGGAAAGAACACACGCCGAAACGAUCGGCUUUACUGGAACAAGCAGCGUUACUGAAUGUUACUUUGAAGAUUUGUUUUUUCAUCCUAACUUAAUUCAGUCGGUCGAAAUUCAGCCGGGUGGUAUUAUUUCACCUGAUGUUUUACGUGAUGAUAAACCUGGUUUAUCGUUUUCUGAGACGCGGUACCCUGUGUUAUUGAUUAAACUAAAUGUUGUUGAAGUUUCUUACAUUAAACUGAUUUCGGUUUCGUCGAAGAAUGGUGAAUCGAAUGUGAAUCAGAUUGAAUGUUUAUUUUAUGAUGAAAAAGGUUCUGAAAUAAAAAAUGCUCUUGGUAAUUUGUGGAUUGUACAAACGAGUCCAACAGUGACAACUAUCGAACAGUUGGUUCCUCCGGGUCCCAUCGGCGGUAUUGCUUUAAAAAUAGCGAAUACAACGGACGGUUCCUAUCCACAUAAUGUUUCAGUAUCGAUUAUUGGUUGUGUAAGACCUGUUAACGGCUUAACUACAGCAUCAUCACUGGUUUCUCCAUCACUGACGACACAUGCGUUGAUAACGGGUACUGAACCACGUGUUUGUGUUAAAGUUCAAGCAAUGAAUCCGAAUAUUGGCGUUGUUGAUGACAUCUAUUCGUCACCAUUUGUUCAGCACAUAGAGCAAAUUGUACCUGGAAGAAGCGGUAUUAACUUUCCCGAGGGAGCAGCUCAUUAUUCCGUUCGAAUCGUCUUUCAGCGUGUUGGCAAAAUGUUUUUUCUACAAAUUCCACCUGAAAGUCAUUCAAAUGUUCUGCAGUUAGCCGUCGACUUCUAUAACUCUCAUAAUCAAUCAAUAAAAACCAUCACAUCUCCAGCAAAUCGACCGCAAUUAGAUAAUAAUCUACAAGUUGAAGACGUUCUCUCAAUAGUGAUACAUUUUUUUGAUACAACAGAUAAUAAAAGUCCAAAAAAUGUUACUUUAGAUGUAAUUGGAUGUUUCUAUGAAAUUGUUCCAUUCACAACCACACAUCGUUCAACUGCUGUGACUGUUAAACCCUGUCUAAUAACCGACGGCAUGUCUGAUGUUCAACUAAUACCGAAUCAAAAUAUUGUAUCUGGUACUAAUGUUGUGAUCGGAUCAUUAGUUCGUCCAAAUGGUGCCGGUUAUACACCAGCAUCUAUUUCGGAUUCAAUUAUUGUUAGACUGACUAAUGAUCAUUCGCAAAUACCCGUGGGUGAAAUAAUAAUUAAAGCAGAAAACUUUUUUAGUGUUAUAAUCAACAUCAAAACGUUAAAUAAUACAAAUGAAUGGAAAAAAUUCGCUAGAAUGAUUAAACCGGAUACAGUCUUUGAUAAUCUUUAUGCAACUGAUAUACAAUUUGUAUUUAGUGAAGGAACAAAAUAUAUUAAUAUACAAAUUAUUGGAUGUUUUCCGCCAGGUAAUGUACCGACAACGGCGGUUACACCAUCAUCGACAAUGACAAUAACGACACCACGCAAUACAUUAUCAACUUCUCCAAUGACUAGUAAAACUCCAUGUUUAGUGAGCACUUGGAGUAAUUGGACAACUUGCUCACCAGAAUGUAAACCGGAACGAACCCAAUAUCGAUCGCGAACAGUGAUCAACGGUACAUCAUGUUCAGAGCCAUUGGACGACUCUAGACCAUGUGGUGAUAUUUCAUGCCGAAUAUGUACGUUAACACUAGAACAAUAUAUCAAAACCAUUAAGAAAAAUCCACCAAGCAAUGAUAUUGUUGGGUAUAUGAUAAACUCGACAACAGCUCAAAAAACAAAUAUUGAAGUACGAAUUGGCGAUGUAGUCGAUCGAAGUGGUGUUAUAUACAUAAAUAAUUGCACAGAUUUAAUUUGUGAUGCAACUGGACUGAAGAAAGUCGGCGUUCCAUGCCAAGAAGAAUGCAGAUAUUAUCCAUGGAGUGACUGGACUGUGUGUGAUGCACAAUGUGGUCAAAUGGGAAAUCGUACUCGAACGAAGAAAAUUGUUUCAUAUGAUAAUGCGCUGUGUGCAAAUGUUACCUUAGAAAUAAUGCCGUGUGUUGGCCAUCCUUGUACUUGCGUACAAGGAUUUAAUUGUACGUGUAAUCUAACAGAAUGGGUUCAAUGGUCAACAUGUUCACAAACAUGCGGCGGUGGUCAACGUGAACGAACGAGAGAACGUCAGACAAUAAACGCUCCAGAUUGUACGCCAACAAACUUACGUGAAGUACAACCGUGCAAUAUUGAUUGUUGCAAAGUAGACGGAGCAUUCUCGCCGUGGACUGAUUGGUCUCCAUGUUCAAAAUCAUGCGAUUAUGGAAUACAAGAAAGAACGAGAAAAUGUAAUAAUCCAAAACCAUCAUGUAAAGGCUUACCAUGCGAGGGAUGUACCCAUGAAAAAAAACCAUGCAGUGUCUAUCCGUGUGAAGCUAAUUGCACAAAUGGUAAAGUAUGGAACCCAUGUUCUAAUGAUUGUGAUAAAACGUGUGAUACAUUGGCAUGCAAUCAACAAUGUCGAAAACCAGAAAAAUGUUUACCAGGUUGUGUCUGUCCGGACAAUCAAGUUUUGGGUCCAAAUGGCCAGUGUGUGGACAAAGCAGAUUGUCCAUGUAAAACAGAAAAUGGUACUUUAGUCAAUGGAGAGAGUGAUAUUCGUGAUUCAUGCACUACAUGGGCUUGUAAAAAUGGAUGCUUAAAGAAGACAGAUCAUAACUGUACGAAGUGUGAAUGGAGUCCAUGGAGUCCAUUCACCGACUGUUCAGAUACUUGUAACGGCACACAAACACGAUAUCGAACAUACGACGGCGUAAAUUGUAACAAGCAAACUCAAGAAAAUCUUCGAAAUUGUUCAUCUAAUUGUACCGUGGUUUGUCAUAGUCAGAAUGGAACAGUUUAUCAAGUCGGUGAUCAAGUGGAUGAAACUGUUUGUAAUCGAUCGAUUUGUCGAGAAAAUGGUCAUAUUGAACAUAUUCCCAUUCCCGGUUCACGUCGUGAUGGUCGGUGGAAUUUGUGGUCACCAUGGUCAGAAUGUAGUCAGACAUGUAAUGGUACACGACAGCGUUAUCGCCUAUGUUCGUCACCUACACCAGAAUGUGACGGUAUACAAUGUAAAAAAUUGAGCCAUACAAAAACAAAACAUGUUACAGCAAUAAAUGGUACGAGAAUAUUGCGAGAAAGAGAACAAGAAGCUUGUGGAAAAUUAUGUUAUGCAUCAACAACUGUGUCACCUCAAUAUACUACCACACCACAUAUUGAAUGUUAUAUGCCCGGUGGAAAUUUAACAAAAAUUCCGUCAAAUACUGUUUUUACAAAUCCUGAUAAUGAAUGUGAAGUAUGCAUCUGUACAAGAGGCACCGUACAUUGUACAUCGACCUGUUCGGACAAUGAGCAAACAUGUUUAGAAAAACAAAAAAAGGAUCAAGAUUAUCGAUACACAUGGAUCCCAGCAACCGCUGGACAAUGUUGUGGUGUAUGUAACAAAACGCAAAUUGAAUCAAAAUGUCGUGUUGAAACAUUGCCUGAUGAGUAUGUACAAGCUGGUAACUGCACUUCCAUUGCAAAAAUUGGACGGGAAGAAUGUGCUGGUGGUUGUGAUUCAAAAGCUAGUAAUCAACUUCAGUUAGGCAAUGUACUGUAUGAGUAG